AUGCCAGUGAUAGAAACACUUGGUGGUGCUCUUUUCGGUGCUGUCCUUCAGGUGCUAUUUGACAGGCUGGAUUCUCAUCAUGUUUUGGACUAUUUCCAUCGGAGAAAGCUCAAUGAGAAGCUACUGAAAAAAUUGAAGGUGAAGCUGUUGUCCAUCAAUGCUGUGAUCGAUGAUGCAGAACUAAAGCAGUUCAGUAAUUCAUAUGUAAAAGCAUGGCUUGAUGAGGUCAAAGAUGCUGUCUUUGAUGCAGAGGAUCUGUUGGAUGAAAUAGACUAUGAAUUUUGCAAAUUCAAGUUGAAAGCUGAAUCCCACACCAGCGAUAAAAAGGUAUGGAAUUUCUUCAAUGCUUCUCCCAAAAGUUUCUUUGACAAGAACAUUGAAUCGAGGAUGGAAGAAGUCCUUGAGCAACUGGAAUUUCUUUCAAGACAAAAGGGUGAUCUAGGUUUGAAAUAUGCUAGUGGUGUUGGUGUUGGAUCAGAAUCGGGUAGUAAAGUGACACAGAAGUUACCAUCAACAUCUUUGGUGCUUGAAAGUGUUAUUUAUGGCAGAGAUGAUGAAAAGGAGAUGAUUCUUAACUGGUUGUGUUCUCACACUGAGACCCAUAACCAGUUAUCAAUACUCUCUAUUGUAGGUAUGGGUGGGAUGGGUAAGACUACACUUGCCCAACAUGUAUAUAACGAUCCAAGGAUUGAGGAGGCUAAAUUUGACCUUAAAGCUUGGGUCUGUGUGUCAGAUGAAUACAAUGUUUUCAAGGUAACCAGAGAAAUUCUUGAGGCAGUCCACAAUUCAAUUGAUGAUAGCAGAAACCUAGAAAUGGUUCAGGGACGAUUGAAGGAAAAGUUGACAGGAAGAAAGUUUCUCCUCGUUCUGGAUGAUGUUUGGAACGAAGAUAGAGACCAAUGGAAAUCAUUGCAAACUCCUCUUAAAUACGGGGCUAAGGGAAGUAAAAUUCUUGUCACAACACGCAGUAGCAAAGUUGCUACCACCGUGCUGUCAAAUAAAGUACACGAACUAAAGCAGUUACAAGAAGAUCAUAGUUGGCAACUUUUUGCUAAACAUGCAUUCCAAGAUAAUAAUCAUCGAUUGAAUGUUGAAGUGGAGAGUAUUGGUAAAAAGAUUGUUGAAAAGUGCAAAGGUUUGCCCCUGGCAUUGGAAACAAUUGGAUGUCUUUUGCACACAAAGUCAUCUGUUUCCGAAUGGGACAGCGUAUUGAUAAGCAAGAUAUGGGACCUACCCAAAGAAGAUAGUAAAAUUGUCCCUGCUUUGUUAUUGAGCUAUUACCAUCUUCCUUCUCAUCUCAAAAGAUGUUUUGCUUAUUGCGCCUUAUUCCCCAAAGAUCAAGAGUUUGACAAGGAGAGUCUGAUUUUGUUAUGGAUGGCCGAAAAUUUUCUACAAUGUUCUCAACAGAGUAGGAGUCCAGAAGUAGUUGGUGAAUUGUAUUUCGAUGAUCUAUUAUCAAGGUCUUUCUUUCAACAAUCAGUUAAAGACAACAAAACAUUUUUUAUCAUGCAUGACCUUCUCAACGAUUUGGCAAAAUAUGUUUGUGGAAACAUAUGUUUCAGGUUUGGAGUUGAUGAAGAUAAAAGGAUACCCGUAAGGACCCGUCACUUAUCAUUGGUAACGAAUGAAGAUCAAUAUUCUGAUGAGUUUGGGAGUUUAUACUAUGCUAAAAGGCUACGCACAUUUAUGCCAACAAGUAGAAGAAUAAGCAUUGAUAAUUAUUGGGAUUGCAAGAUGGUGAUGGAUGAAUUGUUCUCCAAAUUUAAGUUCUUACGGGUCUUAUCUUUGUCUUGUUGUCGGAGCCUUAAAGAGGUUCCUGGUUUGGUAGGUGAUCUUAAGCAUCUUCGUUCACUUGACCUUUCAAGUACUCUUAUACAAAAGCUCCCCGACUCUACAUGUUCACUCUAUAACUUGCAAAUACUGAAGCUGAACUCUUGUUUCAAUUUGAAGGAGUUGCCCUCUAAUUUGCAUAAACUCACCAAUUUGCGUCGCCUUGAGCUGAUGAAAACUAAUUUGAGAAAGAUGCCAGUGCAUUUAGGAAAACUGAACAAUCUUCAAGUGAUGAUGAGUUCGUUUAUGGUUGGUGAAAGUAGUGAGUUCAGUAUUCAACAGCUUGGAGACCUCAGUCUUCGUGGAGGGAUAACAAUUGAGCAUCUGGAGAAUAUUUUGAAUCCCUUGGAUGCAAUGGCAGCAGAUUUGAAAAGUAAAACAAAUCUUGUGGAGCUAACAUUAAAAUGGAAUGAUAGCUGGAACUUUGCCGAUUUAAUGAAAGAAAGCGAAGUCCUUGAGAAUUUGCAACCUUCCAAAUAUUUGGAGAAGUUGUCUAUUUGGAACUAUGGUGGUACACAAUUCCCAAGUUGGUUAGUCAAUAGUUCAUUGUCGAAUGUAGUGUCCUUAAGCUUAGAAAAUUGUAAAUUUUGCGUAUGUUUGCCUCCCCUGGGACUUUUGCCAUAUCUCAAGGACCUUACUAUUAGUGGGCUUGAUGAGAUUGUGAGUAUUAAUGCUGAAUUUUUUGGAAGUAGAUCAUCUUCAUUUACAUCCUUGGAAACAUUGAAGUUCUCGUUUAUGCAUGGAUGGGAAAAUUGGGAAUGUCAAGCUGUGACAGAUGCUUUUCCAAGUCUCCAACAUCUUUCUAUAAAACAUUGUCCCAAGCUGAAAGGGAAGCUACCAGAGAAACUUGUUCAUCUAAAGAAUCUACUUAUAUGUGACUGCCAAGAACUUGAGGCUUCUGCUCCUGCGGCCCUAGAAAUUUGUGAAUUAGACCUACGAGACUGUGGAAAGCUGCAUUUUGAUCACCAUCUCGCUGCUUUGAGAAGGCUAACCAUUAUCGGAGGCAGUAGGAUGAAAUUGUCUCUAGAUUUCUUAUGCACAUCAGAUAUAAAUAUUCGCAUGAGCAGUUAUGAUUUUCUUGAAGCAUUGGACAUCAAUGGUGGUUGUGACUCUCUUAUGACCAUUUCGCUUGAUUUUUUCCCAAAACUCAUUCGGCUUUGUCUCACAAGUUGUCGUAAUCUACGAACUAUUUCACAGGGGCAUACUCAUAAUCAUCUAAAGGAUCUGCAAAUAAUUGGGUGCCCUCAAUUCCAAUCAUUUCCUGGCGAAGGAUUAUCUGCACCCUGGUUAGAGAGCUUUACUAUUAAAAGAUUGCAUAAACUGAAAUCAUUGCCUCCACACAUGCCUAUUCUCCUUCCAUCUCUGACUAGUCUAUUGAUACAUGAUUGUCCACUGAUGGAGUUGUUAUCUAAUGGAGGUUUGCCAUCAAAUCUAGAAAAUAUGAAUAUCUCAAAUUGCUCCAGACUCGUUGCCUCACUGAAAGGGAAGUUGGGAGCAAGCACCUCUCUGCAAACCUUGUCUAUUCAACAAGUGGAUGUGAAGUCUUUUCCCGAUGAAGGUUUUUUGCCAACUUCUCUUACUUGUCUAAUAAUCCGUGAUUGCCCAUAUCUUAAAAAACUGGACUACAAGGGUCUCUGCAAUCCCUCUUCUCUUAAGAAAUUGACUCUUUUUGACUGCCCCAACAUCCAAUGCUUACCUGAAGAGGGUCUGCCCAAAUCCAUUUCAACUCUCCGGAUUUUGGGCAAUUGUCCGCUGCUCAAAGAACCUUCCCAGAAGAAAGAAGACGAAGAUUGA